UUGAGCUGUAGGAUCAUACUGGCUGCCAGGUGCAUUAAAGGCUAAAUGUUUAGUGGACACCUUAAAGAUUUUGUGGAUGUAUGUCUAAUGAUCAUUUGGCUCAAGUAUUGGGGUAAUAUCGUGGUCAUGUUUUAACCAUGAUGACCAAUUGGAGCCUAAUUUAAUUCGGGAUUACAGGACACAGUACAGCUCUUUACCAUGUCUAUCACUGUCCAUUUAAAGAGGAUAUAUAACCUGCCAGGAAAAUAUGACCGGAAAGUGGAAUUGUCUUUUAGAGGUUUUACUCAUAAAACCCGGAUGUUAGACUGUGAAAAUAUUGCCAUCUUUAAUGAGAACUUCAGAUGGCCUCACUAUGGGAAAAUAGAGAGAGAUGAAGUGUUGUCUAUCAGCGUGUACAACUGCAGUAAGAUGUUUAGCAACAGGUUGCUGGGAAAGCUGGUGAUCAGCCUGCAGCAUGUAGUGGCUUUGGGGCAGAUGCUCCUGCGUGAGCCCAUAACAGACAGUCAACACAGCCUCACUGAUAUCUACAUAGAGCUGGAGGUGAAGUAUCAUCCACUUCAGGGUGCUGCUGGUGGAUGGGACAGUGAGGAUUUCCUCAGGACAGAGGACAGUGAUGACUCAGAGCUUGUCUUCAGGAACACUGGUUUUAUAGACCCAAGCUCUUCAGAUGGUCUGCGUCCACUGCAGCUGGAUCGGGAGACCAGGCGGAUCGGUCGCAGCCUUAUGAAAACUGAUGAUGAGAACGGAGAUGAAGACGACGAUGACUAUGAUGAUGAUUAUGAUUUUGCAGACAUGGAGUGUGCCAAUGUGACAUUUACUCCCAUUCUGAGUCGUUGCAGGUGUUUAUCAAAGCAUGAGCUUGCUAUCGCACCUAAGGUGAAGUCUUUCCAGGUGAAUGUAAAUGUGAUUGAGGCUCAGAAACUUGUAGGGGUGAACAUCAACCCAGCUGUGUAUGUGACUAUCGGAGAUGAGAAAAAGCACACAGCUACUCAGAAAUCCACCAACUGUCCAUUUUACAAUGAGAAUUUCAUGUUUGAAUUCCAAGAGACACAGAAUGUGCUGUUUGAUAAAGUCAUUGAGAUUUCUGUGGUUCAUAAGAAAGUUCUUGCAUUUUUGAUGAAACACAUUGGAACAUUUAAGAUUGACAUCAGCACAGUCUAUCAACAACCAGAUCACCGUUUCUAUCAGAAAUGGGCUCCCCUAACUGACCCCAAAGACACCCGCUCGGGAAUUAAAGGCUAUGUGAAAUGUACUGUCAGUGUGGUGAUGAAGGGAGACCCCAUGGGCAUGGUCAGCCUGGCACCAGCUGGGAGCCAAAAUGAUGACAUUGAAAAGAACCUUCUCUUGCCAAAGAGGAUGCCAUCAGAACGUCCUUGGGCGAAGUUUCUCCUAAAGGUCUACAGAGCUGAAGGUCUACCCAGCAUGAACUCUGGUUUCAUGGGGAACUUCUCGAAGAUGAUGGGGGACAAGAAGGUCUUCCUUGAUCCUUAUGUUCAGAUCACAUUUGCUGGCCAACAGGGAGAGACGUCAGUAGAAAGCAACACUAACGCUCCCGAGUGGAAUGAACAGAUAUCCUUCAUUGAGCAGUUUCCUCCUCUUGCCGGACGAAUCAAAAUCCAGAUCCUUGAUGAUGCCAACAUUGGAGAAGUGGCCGUGGCAACACACUUCCUGGACCUUCUUCAAAUCUCCAACCCCAACCGAAAUGGAUUCAAUCCCACCUUUGGUCCAGUUUGGGUCAAUCUAUACGGCUCUCCUCAAAACUCCACGCUGAGGGACAUCCACAGGGAUCUUAAUGAAGGGCUGAGCGAGGGCAUCUUCUACAGAGGCAGAAUGCUGCUCUCGCUGUCUGUGGAAGUUUAUUCUUCCCCCACAGCGGCAGUGACGGAGAAUAAGGGCAUUGCUAACGUCAAGAACGCCAUGAGCAAACUUACUCUCAAACGCAAGAGCCGGAAGUCUAAAGAGAAUAAGAAGGCAGGCAAAGAAGCGGUGCAGAGUCAGAGCGGACCGGCUGAUGCAUCUGAAGAUAUCGGCGCUGAGGUACCAUCUGCUGUCACAGUGGAAGUGGAAGAAGUUCACCCUCUUCCUGAUAAUUUCACAGGAGACAAAGAGGAGUUUGUGUUGUUUGCCUCCUUCUUUGAGGUGACAAUGAUAGAUCCUUCUAUUGGCUCCAAACCUGUCACCUUUGAGCUCUCUAUAGGGAACUAUGGGAAAACUGCAGAUGUUGUGGUCAAGUCCAGCAAGAGUGCUAGUCAGGAGAAUUUGGCUGAUGACAGACAACCUUUGUUAGAAUCAGAGGACGAGCUGGAGAAAGAAGAGGUACUGAAUCCAAGCCUUCAAGGCAAAUCUGUCACAGCUCCCAGAAGACCACAACCCACUGAAUAUGACAGAUCAUUCAGCUGCAUUCCCCUCCUCCGGGAGAAGCCGUGUAUCUACGUGUGGAGCUACUUUGAGGACCACACCUUCAGAUUUCACAACUGCAACUGGUUGUCCAAGAUGGCUGACAGACUGGAGUAUGGCAUUGAUGAGGUCGAGAUGCUGUUGAAAAGACCCAGAAGCAAAGCUAAAGAACGUUUUGUGGAUGUUGUGCUUGAAUUCUUCUCUACUUGCAAGCAGUAUAGUACAAACUUAGACAGAAAGAGAAAUGCUCGCCAAAACCACCUGGACAAGUGCCGUGUUCAGCUCAUCAAACGGAACAUUGUUAUGUUAGCCAAGCAGGCGCUCAGACUGAAGAAAAGAACCACAAGAAAUACAGUAAAAGACAGGCUCGCAGAUCUCAUAAAUAUCGCCAAGAGGGUCCGCUUCCUGGCACAAGAGCCUCAGAGCACUCUGCCCGAUGUGUUUCUGUGGAUGAUGACUGGAGACAAGCGAGUGGCCUACGCCAGGAUCCCAGUGCACUCCAUUCUCUUCUCACUAGUGGAGGAAGAGAAGGGUAAAGACUGUGGUAAAGUUGCCACCGUUUACAUGAAGACCCCCGGAGGCCCAGUGGGAGAAAUCUUUGCCAAACUGGAGCUCUACAUGUGGCUUGGUAUCACAAAGUAUGCAAAAAACUGUGUCACCAGCCUUCCAGCCGAUUUUAGAGCCGUUUACGAGGAGGCCACAGCUGGAGCAUUGGUUCCCCGUAACAUGCCUCCCACCAAAUUAGCAGUGGAAGACAGUCGUUAUUUCCAGUUGCGCGCUCACAUUUAUCAAGCACGUGGCAUCAUCGCAGCAGAUGAUAACGGUCUGUCCGACCCCUUCACCAAGGUCGUGUUCUCUACUCAGUGUCAGGUCACACGGGUGAUUGAAGAAACUCUGUCUCCCACCUGGUGUGAGUUACUGCUGUAUGAUCAGGUUCUGAUGGAGGGCAGUAAGGACGACUUUAGGGAAGACCCACCUGUGGUCAUCAUCAACAUCUAUGACUACAACAAACUAGGUAGUCCGCAAGCCCUCGGCCGUGCAUAUGCAAAGCCAGAGCUGAAGUUUGUAGAGGAGCCGUAUAAGAAGCCUCAGCUCCAGUUUUUUGAGAUCACAAAAGGCAAAAGCAAAGCUGGUGAAAUCCUGGCUGCUCUUGAGUUAAUCGAGCUGGAUUACUCAAGCUUUGGAGAGCCAGCUCUGCCGUUAGAUGUUGACCCCAAGGAACCCAAGUAUACUGAAGAAGACCGCCGUUAUAUCAUUCCUGAAGGAGUUCGACCCGUACUGAAGAAUUACAGAAUAGAGGUGCUGUACUGGGGUCUGAGGAACCUGAAACGGGUCAACCUGUUUGAAGUGGAACGUCCACAAGUGAGGAUGGAGUGUGCUGGCCAGAUGAUAGAGUCAGAGGAAAUUCAGAGCUACAAGCUAAACCCCAACUUCAAUGAUGUGGUGAAACACUUUGAUGUCGAGCUUCCAGAACUUGUCUACCUUCAUCCUCCUCUCACUAUCUUCGUAAUAGAGCAGAGGGCGUUUGGGAGGCUGGUCCUGGUGGGAACCCAUGUGGUUCAAAACCUAGUGCAUUUUGGUCCUAAAGACCAAGAGGAGUGGAAGGAUGAGGAAGAAGAGCCAGAGGAGAAAAAGCCGCCCAAAAAGACCACCCCUCUAACCACAGUGAUCACCAUGGAUCUGGGAGGGCUUCCUCUGAAGGACACCAAAAUUCCCAUCAACCCUAUUAAUUUAGUCACUGCUCCAAUCAAAAAAGGGAAGAAAAAGGAGGAGGAGUUAGAGGAGGAGGAGCCAGAAAAGGAGGAGCUUGAUUGGUGGUCUAAGUAUUACACGUCACUGGCUGAACUCGAAAAACAGGAGGAUAAAGAUGAUGACAUGGACGAUGCCCAAGACGGAGAUGGAGGACCCCUGACCAUGUCUGCACUGGAGGCAGAAGAAGACACUAGCAUUGAGAUAGAGCCACCUGCUCCAAAGAGAAAGAAGAUUGCCACAUUAAAGUUGUACAAGUCUGAGUUGGAAAAUGAUUACAGUCAGUUUGAGGACUGGUUGCACCUAUUUCCCAUUUACAAAGGCAAAUCAAGUGUGGAGGACGAAGAGGAGGAUGAAAGUACGAGAUAUAUGGGCAAAUAUAAGGGGUCGUUUCUAAUAUACCCCAUCACUCCUGAAGAUGAAGAUGCAGAGUGUCAGAUCACUAAUGGCCUGCCAAAAAAUUCACCCAUCAAAGUCCUUGUGAGGGUGUAUGUAGUGAAAGCAACUAACCUGGCCCCUACAGACGCUAAUGGAAAGGCAGAUCCUUAUGUAGUGGUGAAAGUCGGCCAACAGCAAAUGGACAGCAAAGAACGCUACAUUCCCAAACAACUCAACCCAGUGUUUGGAGAAGUGUUUGAACUGACCUUGUCCUUUCCUCUGGAGACCGAGCUCACGCUGUACAUCUUUGACCAUGAUCUGGUGGGCUCUGAUGACUUGAUCGGUGAAACCAGCGUGGACCUGGAAAACCGGUUCUUCAGCCGCCAUCGUGCUGGCUGCGGUCUUGCCCUUCAUUAUGACAAGGAUGGCUAUAACGAAUGGAGAGAUGCCAAGAAACCCACUGCAAUUUUAUCUGAGCUCUGCCGGAAAAAUGGGAUUCCAUCUCCAGAGUAUCGGGAGUCAGAAAUAAAAGUUCUGAACAAGAUUUUUAAAAUUCCCAAUGAGGCUUUUCCAGAAGAAUUGCUCAAGAAGAAUAAGAAGACAGAGGAAGACUAUGAAGAGUUGGAUGAGCACAAAGCUCUGAGCGUUCUCCAGCGGUGGGGAGAAAUGAGAGAGUUUUGUGAGGGAGCGUGCCCUCUUGUGCCCGAGCAUGUGGAGGUCCGAUCACUGCUCAGCGCGGAGAAGCCAGGCCUUCCUCAGGGUUAUGUUCACAUGUGGAUUGAUAUGUUUCCUGUGGAUGUACCUGCACCACCACCUGUUAAUAUCAAGCCUAGACUUCCAGUGAGUUAUGAGUUGCGUGUGAUCAUUUGGAACACUGAUGAUGUUGUACUGGAUGAUGUCAAUCCUUUCACUGGAGAACCAUCAAGUGACAUCUAUGUUAAAGGUUGGGUUAAAGGUCUGGAUGGUGUGAAACAGGAGACAGAUGUGCACUUUAAUUCCCUAACCGGAGAGGGCAACUUCAACUGGCGCUUUGUGUUUCACUUUGACUAUCUCCCCACGGAAAAGGAGAUCAUUUACAAGAAGAAGGAGUCCCUGUUCGCUAUAGACGAGACUGAGUUUCGCCAGCCAGCUGUUCUGGUGCUGCAGGUUUGGGAUUAUGACCGCAUCGGUUCCAAUGAUUUCCUGGGUUCCAUCGAGUUGCGUCUCAGUGAUAUGGUCCGUGCAGCAAAAUCUUCAGUGCAAUGCAGUGUCCAAAUGGCCAAAGACAAGGCUGGUCCUCGCUUCUCCAUUUUCCGCAGCAAGAGGAUGAAAGGCUGGUGGCCGCUCAUCAAACUGAAGAGCCAGGAGGACAUUGAGAGGGAGGAGAGAGAGGCAGAACAGGAGAAGAAAAACAAAAAGAAGAAGAAGAAAUCGAGCAAGCGUGGUAAAAUGAAACCUGAAGAUCUGCAGUUCAUUGACAGUAGUGGAAACACAUUUCUCUUAAUGGGUAAAGUAGAAGCAGAAUUCCAACUAGUGACAGCUGAGGAAGCCGAGAAGAAUCCUGUGGGUAAAGCACGUAAGGAACCUGAACCACUGGAAAAACCAAACCGUCCCAAGACGUCUUUCAACUGGUUUGUUAACCCCAUGAAGACCUUUGUGUACUUCAUAUGGAAGAAGUACAAGAAGUACAUCAUUGCUUUGAUCAUUCUGGUUAUUCUGGGAGUUUUCCUCUUCCUCAUUCUCUACACCCUGCCAACACACAUCAGCCAACUUAUUGUCAGCGGAUGAGAAAUGGAAACACCCAUAAGCACCAAUUUAAACAACUGAGAAUUGUACAGGUUUUCAGGACAAAUAAGUCUGCGUGUAUAAGACCUUAAAAAUACAAGCAAGUCUGGGAUAGUUAAUGUAAUAUGAUUAUUUUCCAAUCAUGCUGCUGAUUUUUAUUAUAUUGAUUUUAAUAUCGUUUGUAAUAUAUUCUUGUUUUUAAAAUUAAUCCAUUUGACUAGUCAAUGAGAACAAACUGUUUGAGAUAUUGAAGCAUGUUUUGAAAAACAAUUGCAUUUAUUAUAAUUGUAUCUAUCAGCAUUACCUGCAACGUGAAGCAGGGCAUUAAAAGUAUAAACAGAAACAAAUAUUGCCUUAUCGUAUUCAGAAAAAAAUACAUCUAGAUACAGCCAAGCCUUCUCAUGCCAUAUGUCAAAAAUAUUUCCUAAUGUCGAGUUUUAGAGGUUGUUAUCUGCAGGGGAAGAGAAGGUGAAAAGACAUGAGGUAGAUUUAUCAGUUUCAGACACAAAGGGAUUUAGACAUUCAAGGUUCAUGAUAGAUCGCUGUUUGUGAGAGCCACAUGGCAGAAGAUUGGAUAAAUGGAAUUGCAUCCAGACGGGUUACAGUGAGCUUCCAUGAGAAUGCAGGUUUAUGCGAAACAACAAAUUCGUCACAGAAACUAAAAUGAAUUAACAUUUAUAACAGAUUUUCAGAAAUUCAAAUUAAAUGAGUUUGUUGCAUUCAAGAAUUCUGCAUUUCGUCUAGAAAAUCUCAUGCUAUUGUUUGACAUUUUGACCUGCCUGGUAAAACAACUGUGCAUUUCCAAAAGUAAACAAUAAUAUAAAAUGUUACUGAUGGAAAUUAUGUUUCGUGUCUAUCUUGCCUAUAACACAGCUCUGGGUAAUUCAUACACUAUCCACAAGGACUCAUCUGAGAUCAUUGCUUUUGGUAUAGUAAUAGAAUUAAGUGAAACCUGACUGUCAUAAGGGAAUACAUCUAAAAACUGGGAGAUAAUAAUGCAUAUGCAAAUUUACAGUGAUGUAACCGUGGUUAUGCUCCUAAAUACUGGACUAAUUUAUAUUGUAUACCAAUUUAUUGCUUUACAGUCGAAUGUAAACAUUAUUGUAUAACAUGGUAAUCAUUUAGCACCAUAUUACUAUCAUCUGAUCUGAUUAAACUUAAAUCAUCUUUUGUAAUUAAACACAUUUUUAUCUUCUUAGUUUAGUCAAUAAAUA